AUGGCUCGCACACACUUCAUAGCCGCUCUCGCGGCAUCUUGCCUGGCUCUUCUGGUCAUCGUCCAACUUGCGUCCACACGAGGGCUGCCAGAGGUGGACUACUGGCACUGGCAGGAUGAAGGCGCUACAGAGCGUGGAAGCACAUAUUCUAGGGUGCAAUCGUUCAUCUUUGGCGACAAGCAUGAAGAGAUGGUUAGACAAGCUGCAGGAUCUGAGUACAUGAUCGGCGUUGGCAAGGCGGAUAUCACUGGACCAGUUGUCGAACUAAACCUCAUGGGAUAUGCCAACACUUCUCAAAUCGGAAGUGGACUUCGGCAGCGGAUUUAUUCCAGGGCCUUCAUCGUCGGCGACCCAGACAACACUGCACAACGGAUUGUUUAUCUUGUGCUAGAUACACAGUCGGGAGAUACUGCCAUCCGGGAUGGUAUUCUGAAAGGUGUGGCGGCGCUGGGCCCGCAAUAUUCAGUAUAUAAUCGUCAGAAUAUUGCAGUCACUGGAACACACUCUCAUUCUGGACCUGCGGCAUGGUUAAACUAUCUACUGCCCACCAUCACCAGCAAGGGUUUUGACAAGCAGAGCUAUCAAGCAAUCGUCGAUGGCGCUGUGCUCUCUAUCAAACGGGCACAUGAAAGUCUGACGAAAGGCCGUCUCAGCGUCGGGACUGGCCAAGUCAAGGAUUCUGCCAUCAAUCGCAGUCUAUAUGCGUACAUGGCCAAUCCAUCAGCAGAACGAGCUCGGUACGCGGAUAAUGUUGACAAGACUAUGACGCUUGUCAAGUUCACCAGAGACAGCGAUGGGAAAGAUGUCGGUGUUCUCACAUGGUUUCCUGUUCACGGAACGUCUUUACUGGGAAAUAAUUCUAUCGUGGCCGGAGAUAACAAGGGCGUCGCUGCCUAUCUGUUCGAGAAAGACAUGCAGUCAAACUCCAAUGCCGCCGAGGGCUUUGUCGCAGGCUUCUCUCAAGCCAACGUCGGUGAUACCACGCCAAAUGUCAACGGUGCUUGGUGCGAAGAUGGUUCGAAUCAGGAGUGCACUUACGAAAACAGUACAUGCGGUGGUACAAGUCAAGCUUGCCAUGGUCGAGGCCCAUUUUUCGGUCUUAACGAUGCGGGCGCAAAGAGCUGUUUUGAGAUUGGCACUCGACAGUUUACUGGCGCGAAGGGUAUCUACGGUGGCUCUUUAACGCCAGUCAGUGGUACUGGAAUUCGAUCGUUUCAUACGUAUAACGACAUGCGAAACUACACGUUCGCACAUCCAAAUGGCACGAUUGUCAAGACGUGUGCUGCAGCUCUUGGAUACUCUUUCGCAGCAGGGACCUCAGAUGGUCCUGGCGCAUUCGACUUCACCCAGGGCGAUGACGGUGAACCCAGCGCCAGUCCUCUCUGGGAAGUCGUCAAGGCUGUCAUUAAAGAACCCGGUCCAGAGCAGAAGGCCUGUCAAGGAGAGAAGCCGAUCCUUCUUGAUGUGGGUGAGAUACACAUCCCAUACGAAUGGACACCAAAUAUCGUCGACAUCCAGAUGAUGCGCGUCGGCCAGCUCCUUAUCAUCGUAAGUCCCGGAGAGGCGACCACAAUGUCCGGUCGUCGCUGGAAAGAAGCUAUCGCGAAGGCCUCUACAGACAUUGUCCCAUCUGGCUCAGACCCUGUAGUUGUGCUUGGUGGUCCAGCCAAUUCCUACACCCACUACAUUGCCACCGAGGAGGAGUACAACAUUCAGCGAUAUGAGGGCGCAUCUACCUUGUAUGGGCCCCAUACUCUAAAUGCAUAUAUCAAUCUCACUAGCACCUUCCUCCCUUACCUCUCCGACUCGUCGACCUCUGCACCGCCUGGCGGACCAGACCCGCCUAUCAACACCGACCGUGCACUCAGCUUCAUCACGGGCGUUGUGUUCGAUGCAGCUGGCGGCAAAUCCUUCGGCCAAGUCAUCACCGACGUCCAAUCAUUAUAUAGUAAGGGCUCAGCUGUCAAAGUCACAUUCCAAGGCGCAAAUCCACGCAACAAUCUCCGUCUAGAGAACACGUUCGCGGCCAUCGAGAAGCAAUCUGGCAGUACAUGGACGCGUGUCCGGGACGACCAAGACUGGGAACUGAUAUACGAGUGGAAGCGCACCAACGAGGCCCUAGGCUUCUCGGAGGUGACUAUUACGUGGGAGACGAACAGCGCGACAGACGCUGGGAAGUACCGUGUUAAAUACUACGGUGAUUCGAAGCCGUUGUUUGGUAGCAUCAGUGCUUUUGAGGGGACAAGUGGGGAGUUUACCAUCUCAUAG